AUGCGUUUCGGUUCCAUCUUCUCGCUCGCAGCCGCGCUGCUGAGUGCCACCGUUCAGGGCUACGGCAACCCCGGUGCUUGCUCCGGCCAGUGCUGGUCUCACGACCCUUCCGUCGUCCGUCGCGAUGACGGCACCUACUUCCGUUUCGAAACCGGCAGCAAGAUCGGUAUCUGGAAGGCUCCCGAUCUGGUUGGGCCGUGGACCUACCAGGGCGCUGCUCUCCCGUCGGGUAGCAAGAUCAACCUCAAGGGCAACGACGAUCUCUGGGCCCCUGAUGUGAACAAGGUCGGCGACCAGUACAUCCUGUACUACACCGUCUCCUCCUUCGGCGUCCAGAACUCGGCCAUCGGCUAUGCCACCUCGCCCACCAUGGAGCAAGGCACCUGGACCGACCACGGCGCCACGGGCGUCGCCUCCAAAGCUGGCAGCAAGUACAACGCCAUCGACGCGAACCUCGUAAAGUCCGGCAGCAACUACUUCCUCAAUUUCGGCUCCUUCUGGGCCGACAUCUUCCAGGUCCCCAUGAACUCGGCCGCCACCAAGGCCGCCGGCAGCCCCGUCAACAUCGUCCUCAACACCACCGCGCCCCAGCCCGUCGAGGGUGCCUUCAUCUACGAGCGCAGCGGCACCUUCUGGGCCUUCUUCAGCUCCGGCUCUUGCUGCGGCCUCGACAAGAACCGCCCGACUCCCGGAAACGAGUACAAGAUCUUCGUCUGCCGUUCAACCUCCGUCUCCGGCCCCUACACCGACAAGAGCGGCAAGAGCUGCACCCAGGGCGGCGGCACUCUUCUCCUCCCUAGCCACAACAAGGUCUACGCUCCUGGUGGACAGGGCGUGCUCGCGGACCCCAAGCGCGGUGCCGUGCUUUAUUACCACUACAUGAACACCGACAUUGGCUAUGCCGACUCCCAGACCCUGUUUGGCUGGAACACCAUCUCUUGGUCUGGUGGCUGGCCUUCCGUCUAG